AUGGCCCCACGAGCGACAGCUGCCCUGGGCUGCUUGGCGGCGAUCCUCAACGCUUGCCAGAACUCCCCUUUGAAACCACAAACCAUCGUUGCCAUUCUCGAGCAGCUCGAUGGCAUUCUGGCAUGGAUUCACGUCUCUCUGGUGGACGGCCUAUCCAUCAGUCGCGACCGAGUCAUGCAAGCCAGCUGUUUCAUGACCUCCGGUACUUUGGCCCAGCUCCUCUUAUUGGAUGAACGAGUGGAAGGGCUUAUCUUCGACUCACCGAAGACGUUCCAGAUAUUCGAGACGAUUUGGACCGCUCGCGACUCGAAAGGAGAACCGUUCAUGGAGUACUUCAACCCACGCUACUGUACCAUACUCCUCGUCAUAACCCGAUGGGUGAACCAUCCUUUGGGUGUUGACAGCCUGGUCGGUUGCUUGCUCUCGGACCCUGCACGCCUCAAUGGACUUUGCGAAGGACUAUCGGCUCGAGCGAACUUGCUCCCAAAGCUUAAACAGAGAAAAGCAACACAGUCCCAGGUGGAUGAGCACGUUGAUGUUGUUGCCAAGCUCACUACCGGGCUGGCCAGGGCAAGCCCAGCCAUCGCACAGCGUCUUCGCGCGACUAGGUUUCUCGUUGGAUGGACGCAAACUGUUCUUGAUCUCCAGCAGAGUCUCCGAGCCCGCGAAAGUGUUCUGCUGGCCUGUCGUCUUCUCAUCCUAUCCACUACAGCCAUUGAACAUCCACUUCGUUCUGCGACCCUCCUCGCACCAGUAAUAAUACCGAUCCUCGCUGGAAAUCUUCCAAAAAUCAAGAUCGAUUCCGAUCUCGAACUCCUGCUCACUGUGUCUCUCCGAACGGCAAUCGAGAAUCGCCUCCUCUUCCCUCGUGGAAUCGAGGCAUUUCAGUCUGCAAUCGACAGUUUCGAUCCUUCAGGAGUCAAGAUGAACAAAUUGAAAUCGGAUGCUUGGAAAGGACUACUCUCGGUCCUGAAGGACCAAGGUGAACUUCUGAGCCGAGGUACCCCGGCAGAGUUCAGGAUAUGUGAUAACGAUUCGGAGUCUAAAUGCCAAAACCAACUCAUAGCGUCGAAGGAUGAGAAUACUCACUUCUCCCACCGAACGCGCGCAUUCCAAAUCUAUCUAGCCAAUUCCUUCUUCAAAAGCCUCCCGGAGUGGGAGGAUCGACAAGCGCAGGAGCAUCCGGGAGUGCCACACAGCGAGCUCUUUGCCCGAAUUUUGUUUGGCCUUCAUAAUCCCAAUGUUUUCUAUCGCAUUGAUGAUCAACGCCUGAAAUUGCAGUCGCAGGCCACUUGCCCGGCAUGGGAGGCGAGGAGACAGGAGAUAUUUUCCAAUUAUCGACGCUCAAACGAUACCAAGAGGAGGCUGGUUGAUUGGAUUGUUGCUUGGAACAUGGAGUACCAAAUCUCCUUUCUUACCGAGUUCCAGCUCGUUGGGGUCGGGGAUAGGGAAGAGUGGGUUUUGAGGCGACAUGUUACCUGUAGAGAAAGGCUUCCCUUACAGAAUGCACAGGAGGACGCCAGGAAGAUGGAUCACGUGAAGACCUUCGCUCCCGCUCCUCCACAUGGAGUCUCAAAUUCGACAACUCCGAACGACUGUACCCUGCUUGGAGCCAUCGAACCACGGACUCGAGACGCCUCCGUUCCCGACUCGACCCCAGCUUCAUCGACCGUCGCCAAACGCUUAGCGCUCUCGCUUUCGUGGGAUAUGGAUGAAGAACGGAGCGCCUCGAAGACCCAUAUGACGGAUCCUGAGAGCAACACGGCAAAACGUCGGUAA